AUGACAGAAGGGUUUAUAGGGCUGUUGGUACUCAAGGAAUCUUUUGGCUUCUCAACAGAGCUUGAAGCUGCUUCUGACUUGGGUGGAGUGGGGCUAGUUUGUGUGCUAGAGAGGGGUGUGCAAGGAGUGUGGGUCUGUGGAUGUGCUGCAAGGAGUGUUGGAGUGCUGCAAGGAGUGUGGGUGUGCUGCAAGGAGUGUUGGAGUGCUGCAAGGAGUGUGGUGUGCUGCAAGGAGUGUGGGUCUGUGGAUGUGCUGCAAGGAGUGUGGGUGUGCUGCAAGGAGUGUUGGAGUGCUGCAAGGAGUGUGGAUGUACUGCAAGGAGUGUGGGUGUGCUGCAAGGAGUGUGGAUGUGCUGCAAGGAGUGUGGGAGUGCUGCAAGGAGGUGUGCUGCAAGGAGUGUGGGAGUGCUGCAAGGAGGAGUGCUGCAAGGAGUGUGGAUGUGCUGCAAGGAGUGUUGGAGUGCUGCAAGGAGUGUGGGUGUGCUGCAAGGAGUGUUGGAGUGCUGCAAGGAGUGUGGAUGUGCUGCAAGGAGUGUGGGUGUGCUGCAAGGAGUGUUGGAGUGCUGCAAGGAGUGUGGAUGUGCUGCAAGGAGUGUUAGAGUGCUGCAAGGAGUGUUAG